GACUUUGGGAGCAGGUGACGAGAGAUUUUGAAGUCACCCGAGAUCUCCCAGCUUCCACUUUUUUUUUCUGGGUUGUUGCAGAAACCGUUUCUGUUUUGUUCUCAGAAACCGAAGAUAGAUUUCGUCUCAUGAUCGGGACCGCGCCGCCACGCGAUCCGUAAAGUGCAAGGCCGCCCGCUGUUGCCGCCACAACACAGCGCCAAUUGAACAUAUAAAGGCUUUUUGCCUGCCCACUGCCCGCUGCUUUCUUGCCCACUUUCCUCAAACGCCCAGAAAUCGACAAAGCUGUCAUCAUGGAUUGCAGCAUUUGUCACCGCCCGCACCAUGCGAAGAAUCUGCCGUUUCUUUGUGCCGUCGACGCAAGGAACCGCUUGUAUGAGGGCCGGGCCGAGUACGCCCAAGCGCUGAUGGAUAAUGAAGAUGCUGAGCGCCGGGUCGAAGCCGCUUUGUCGAGCCAAGCGGACAGGUUGAGAGCUGAGGAGGCUGCUGCCCGCGACCGGACGAGCCAGAUCAUUGCGCAGGCCGAUCGGUUGAAGAGUGAGAUUGACGCUGCGCAGAAGGAGAUUGCUGCGAAGAAGGAUGCAAUCGCUAGGAAGAAGUCGGACCUGGCGUCGGUCUCGGCAGGUACUUCGGCAAGGCGGAACAGACAGCUGGAGGAGGCCGAGCGAUCUGCCCAGAGGUUGAGGUAUAAAUGGAAUCGCUGUGCCGACAGUAUGGCCGACAUCAGGGGCUUUCUGUGCGAAGGGUCCGCCAGGCUGUAUGGCCUUCGUCAGGUCAAGAAGGGCAGCGUCAAGCGGUAUGAGAUUGGUGGAGUCGAGAUUUUUGAUCUCCAUGCCAUGAAUAGUUUGUCGCCCGAGGUGAUUUCGACUUCCCUCGCGCACAUUGCCCAUAUCCUGGUGCUGGCUGCCCGUUAUUUGGGAGUUCGGCUGCCGGCAGAGAUCACGCCGCCCCAUGCCGACUACCCGCGGCCAACCAUCUUCUCGCUUGCGUCAUCGUACAAGCACGGAGAGGUGGCUUUCCCCGGGUCGCUAGCGUCGCAGAUUCCGUCCGUGAGAGGAGAUGGUGCCGAGCAGGAGCAUGUUCCGCGGCCUCGUCCGUUGUUUCUCGACAAGUCGCUUCCCACGCUGGCCAAGGAAGAUCCCUCCGCAUACAAGUUAUUCUUGGAGGGUGUGUCUCUACUGGCAUACGACAUCGCCUGGGCGUGCUGCUCGCAGGGCGUUUCGUUCGGCGACAAGGACUCGUAUGAGGAUGUGUGUAACAUGGGCCAGAAUCUCUGGCGUCUCCUCAUUGGCGACCAACUGCACCGUCGAUCUGUUGAGCCGCCUUUCCGCUCCUCGCUCACCCCGCCGACCGGAAGUCCCAGAGAUGAGGAUCGUGGCGAGAUGGCCAACCCAAAGUCGACCAUUGGUCGCUGGUCGCACGGGACGCUGUAUAGCUUUCUUGGGGGAGCCGAGGGUACCGAAUUCGUCCGGAACUUCAAGAUCAUGCCGCCCCUUAAACUGGCAGAUCGGUUGAAGAAGCGUUUGUCGAGCGAAGCCCCGAUGCUGGAAUGGGAGAAGAUCGAGGGUGACGAGCUCGAUGAAGGUUUCGAUGAUGGCGUGCUGGUGCGUGGUCAUGGAAGUGGCGGAUCUGCUGCUGCUGGGCGCGGCGACCUCGGCGCUGCGAGCAUCAUGACGGUGCGGACCGUCGGGUCGAACGGCGGCGUUUCCGACAGCGCGAAGGGAACCAGUGGCUGGACGAGGUUGAAGAGCCGGUGAACAACAUAGACUAGAUAAUGGUUGCGGAGAUAAGAAAAAAACCGAGCCCCCUUUCUAGCCCACCAUCCCUAACCUAUACCCUAUCCUAGAAAGAGCUGAUAGUGCCCACGGUCUUAAUAUAUGUGCCCCGGUCCCCG